GUAUCAAUCUUAGACAUCGUAAUAUUUUUGUAUACAUUUUAACUUUCAACUACGACAAAUGGCGUUGUAUGGAGAUCACCCUAAUGAAGUGAAUUUUAGAAUAUUAUGUUCUUACAAAGCUGGAGUAAGAGAAGAGCGGCGCACACCUUGAUUGCUCGAAUGCGCCUGCUGUACGGCUGUACCGCUGUGUCAUCACUACCAUCUGCAUCUAAAUAUCAAUUUCCAGUACCUAUCAUUUGUCAUGCUAUAUAAAUUGCAAGUUAUUAUUAGGUACCUGCCAGAUUCUAGAGAAAUCCAAUGUAUGUGACUCAGUUACUCAAAUUUAUCGUGAUUCGAAUUAACCGCUAAAGCCAAAAUCGUCCUGAUUGGUCUAAAUGCCUGCCUAUGGACCGUUUCGGGUAAAUCUGAAUUCGUGCAUUUCAUCUCACCGUAAGUUCGUUUACCGCGCGAGCAUCAUCCUUGAGUAGUUAGUUGAACAGUUUAUGGUGUUGCCACGUUUCAAAUUCCGUUUUGAAAACGGAAAGGACACAAAGCCAGUUCAGAUUUUAUAUAUUUCAGGUUUUGGGUGCUAAAUUUCAUUGUCAUUGGAAAUAUAUGGGAAUCUACAUCCUCGUAAUUUGAAUUUGAUUGCAAUGUCAAUGAAAAUUGAGGUGAUUGAGUGGCAUGACAAAAAAGUUACGAUGAACAGAAAGAGGAAGCCACAUAUUGAAUAAUAAUUCGAUAUAUAAAUACUAUAGGCGUAUCGAGAAGAACGUAUCAAACUCUCGAAACAUAGAAACAUUCAGAAAUUCUCAAAUGACUUAUUCCAAAUUUUAUUUACUUCAAAGAUGACGGGUGUCGAAGUGAAUGUUUUUUUGAAUUGAUAACGAUACAUCAACUCACAAUACAUUACUUUGCUGCCUAUAUAUAGGUACUCACCUAUAUUUUUUUUAUGUUUGCUUUUAUAUAUAUCUUUGAAAGUGGUGCUACCUAUAUUCGAGAAUAGCUCAAGCCUUUACUGAAUUAUAGAACAUAAAGUAAGUUUUAUUAUGAUAUGUAUUUUGUUUAUAACCAAAUUAACCAAUACACUAAACACACAUUGAUGAAGACGGCUUAUGAUUGAGAUCACUUUUACCAUCAGAUGUUUCGACUUGUUUCAAUGGACCUGUUUUAGUGAAAAGAUUUAUUUCAUUAAUUUGAAGUACUAACCCAGCCUAGUUUACUGCCACAAAACGUUUUCUUCUAAGAGCUCAGUACAUUUUUUUUAAAAUUAUUGAAAAUCACGAUAUUUCAUAACAUGAAAAACGCAGGACAACGCAUGACGACAUAGAUAACGCGAUCAAUUCAAUGCAACUAUUUACAAUACGACUUAGAUAUUGUGAGUAUCUCGGAGUAUAAUCCUGCGGUGGAAGUGUAUUCCUAUUGUUAUGUGGAACGUGAAUAUAAGUUCAUUGAUUAUUUGUGAUGAUUUUGAAUAAUUAUGACCGUAUCGAAUACCUAUACUUUCAAUACACAUGGAACGUACAAUAUGAAAUAUGUUUGUGGCGUAAAUUCGACUAGCGUGUACAACCCCAUUGGCAGAUUUCAGGGUCAUCAGAUGACGCUGCGAUGACAUUUAGCAAUAGGGAAAAACAUUUCUCCCUCGAGUCGUAGAUAGAGAGAUCUCGCUCGCUUGUGCAUGCUGUGGCAACGCUGCACAUGAAUAGUGGGAGAAUUUGACCGCCUAGCAACAACAUGACUUCAUAUCUCAGUUUGUUUUCCAUUUCGCUCUCGCUGAGUGCCAACUCCCGCCAAUUUGCAUUCGGAGGAGAAAUAAGGAGAAAUUGUACUCGUCUCUCUCUAUUUAAUACCAUCAUCGUCUUCGUUUUUUAUCGCGGGGGUAAUAGAGGCAAAUCGCAUGACUUGUUCUAUACGAAUACGGUUUAUCGAAUAUUAUGUUUUUACGAUAUACCUCCCUACCAAAUUUUGUUCUAGCAUAUUAUGAUAAUGGCAAUGAAUGCACCUACCUAAUCAAUAGUCGAAUGUUAGGAUUCCCAAUUUUCUGCACUAGGUAUUCAUACCUACCAUAACAUUAAAUUAGAAUAAGUUGCCUCAUUUUUGUGGAGCUAAUUCAAAAUGUUUUGUCACAAUAUCUAAUAAUUUUUUAUGCCGAAGAACAAAAAAUGCUGAAAAUAUUGUGCAGAAUGGGAGAAAAAUGUGAUAAAUGAUUUAAAUCAGAACCGAAUUUAGGAAAUAUGCAUUGACGAUGGAUUAUCUGAGUUGAAUUGUUGAACAAUAUACAGAAAUGAUUCCUAUGCAUUGUUGUUUUAGGUAGGUAUAAAGCAUGUUCAUUAUUUUGCGCGAAUCUUCCCUACACGUAGGUAUCUCGUCAUAGUCGUAGGAUACCCCUGAUAUUGUUUUAUGUCGUCGCUAACCAAUCACGAUCAUAUGGGACAGCCCCCACCAAAAAUCUACUGAUUUUUCAACUUCUUGGGAAUUUGAGGUUUGAUUUGUAACCACAUCAGACAACUUUGGGUAUUGUUAUGUUCAAGUUGUGUUUUGCUAAUCUCUCUGUGUGUUUCGAAAGAAUAUAACUCAGGUUUGAUGAGCCUGAAUCUUAUGAUGAAAAUGAGGGCUGUAAAUCUAUUACUAACGGCGAUACUAGUAGUGGAAACCAAUAUGCUAUGUGCUCGACUCCUGUUAACACCGAUUUGCUUCCUAGCAAGAGAGCACGGUUCGAUAUGAGCACGAUAAACAUCAGUGAUCACGUACCAGUUCAAUCUUACGAACAGUCAAUAAUUACGAAUCAGAAUGACAUCAAGUCACUAUUUUCAGACGAACAGGUACAUAACAGUGAUAAUAAAAAUGAUGAUGAUGAUAACAAUAAUUUACAAGGUAGAGGAUUCGAGAUAACGCCUGAAAGUUUCAACAUACCGAAAGGCUUCAAUUUAUCCGAUUCGAACACUAGUAUAGUUCUCCCAGUGAAUUCACUUAAUGUAGAUUCACUUCCUCCAAGUUCCUAUAAACAAUGCACUAUUUUGGAGGGAUCUUUUCAGAUAAAAAACGAAUACUUCGAUUACAUUAUAAAGGAGAACCGUUUGAUUAAUGAAUACUAUCCAUCAUAUUUCCGAAAUCGCCUAAAAAAAUUCGUCAACAAUGUUUGUACCAUUGCGAUAAAAUAUCGUAAAUAUCUCAAAGACGGAUCUAUUAAAAUUUUUGCAAUUUGUAAAAACAAUAAUUAUCGUUGUAAGAAAUUCAAAAUCAUCAUUCGCGGACACACUGUUGUCGUUUAUUCAAGUUCAGUGAAUUUUUGUCAUCCCAAUAAAAUAACUUUUCAUGUGAAAGGUAUUGAACGGUCGAUCGUGAAAAAUAAAGUAUUACAUAAGAAGCCGUCCGAAUACAAGCGACAAUCAAUUUUAUCUGCCAAAUUACGCAUCAUAGAAUCGGGUAACCUACAGGACAUAAAAUCGGAUUGUACUUUGAGAAAAAUUAAAUCGGAAGCGGAAUCUCAUUGGGAUAGGGACCAACAUGAUUUGUUGGAUUUAUGUAAGAUGCAAGAAGAACAUGACGAAUAUAUAAAACAAGUAUCUAUGCCCUUCAAUGUAAAAGUGUUCAGUAAGGAACAAUUCGAAGUUCUUGAUCGAAGCGGCGGUGAUAUUUUACCAGUAAUUUUUUUUGACGCAACGGGUAGUAUCGUUCGGAAGCCUACGACGAAAACAAAACGAGUUUAUUUGUACAGUGCCGUUUUACCCAUUAAUUCCGGUCGCAUAUUCCCAAUAUUCGAAAUGAUUUCGGGUUCUCAUUUCUCUAAGACGAUUUUUACGAUUUUUCACGACUUUCGAGUUUUCUGCGAAGAACAGAAUAACAAAUGGCCGGUUUUCGGUGCUGUCGUCACUGAUUUUAGCUUCGCUAAUAUACAUGCUAUUUGCAAGGCUUGUAAUAGAAUCAAUCUUUUAGAAUACCUUGACGUUACAUUCAAAAUUGCAUUUGAUAAAGUUGUUCUUCCUGAAAAUAUAGUUACUAUACAUUUAUGUUGUGCGCAUUUAAUGAAGAAUUUCAGUAAAGAUAUAAAUGAGUGUUUCACAGAUUAUGAAGUGCGGGAAUUUUAUAAAGACGUCAUGGCAUCGGUGAUCAAUAUGGAGUUGUUCAAUGAUAUCGAAGAUUGCUUUCAGAGUAUGAGUGUAUUGUUACUUAGUCCGGUUACAACUAAAAUUGUUCGCGAACAUCUAAAUAUUCUAUUGAGAUCGAGAAACGAUCAUUCAAUCGAUCUUGACAUCAAAUUUCGCGAGUGUGAUAUUGCAUCAAGUGAACACGUAUAUGAAAAUGACGGGAAACGUGGAUUGCAUAAAUCUAGUAUAUUUUAUGUUCAUUUCUAUAAAUUAUUUGAGAAAAUGAGCGAAAUUCAUAAAUUCUCUUCCUGCAUUGAAGGGCCUACUAAUAAAUAUUAUAGUCAGAAAUUUUUUGAUUUGCUUUUGUCAAAAUACUUACCAUUUUGUCCCCUCUGGACUGGCGUAAUUUUGAGAAAACGAAGAGCUGAGCUUCACUUCAGCAAUUCUUAUGUAGAAAAUUAUUUUGGUCACCUUAAAAAUAAUGUUUUGAACGGAAAUAAAAAUCUCAAGUGUUCUAGGUAUCUCAGGAAGAGCAGAGAAAAUGUACUCGCCUUAUAUAAAGAAUUCAUAUGUAAUAUUCCUAAAAAUAGGUUAACGAAACAAAGUAAAAGAAAAAUCGAUCCCGCGAAUGAGCAUUCGGCUCAAGAAACAUGGAACAAAAAAGCUAAGAAAGUAUCAGGUACGCAUUUUGCAGGAAUUUUUCUAAAAAAGUUGAGUUCUUUGAAAGAAGCGGAAAAUGGAAAAAUGGAAACUGAUAACGAUAAUGAAGAUAAUAAGUGUGAAGAACUGAAUUUAUGUUCGCCAAUAGUUAUUGAUAAUAUUGACAAUAAUAAUCAUGAUAAUAAUAGUUAUAAUAAUGAUGAUACAUUAACAGAAAAAUGUUUGUAUUGUGGAUUCGGUCGUCUCGAUACAACUACCGAUUGGGUAGCUUGUGACUCCUGUCGACGAUGGAUUCACGUGACAUGUGAUCCUUCGUUCGGAGAUAAAACUUACAGCGGAUCUUUUUUGUGCGAGAAGUGUUUUUCAGUGAAUAAAAAAUCAGAUGAAACUAGGAUAUAUAAAUGUAUGUAUUGCGGCUUAGGUGAUCUCGAUAAUACUGCGAAAUGGGUAGCUUGUGAUAAUUGUGAUGGAUGGAUCCAUCAAAUUUGCGAUAGUUCAAAUCAUUCGUAUAGCGGUAAUUUUUAUUGUAAACUUUGUUCAAAUAACUUGAAAUCAAGUUGCGAGGCGGCAUUGUGUAAGUUAGACGAAGAGAAAAUUCAAAGGGAUUCGAUUGAACGAAAAACUAGAGGUCAACGGGAGUCAGCUAUGUGGUUCGCGGAAAGGAGAAAACGGAUAACAGCGUCAAAUUUCGGAACAAUUUGCAAAGCAAGAAGUCACAAAUCGAAAUUAAAUAUCGCGAAAUCAUUAACAUCAUCUAAACAUUUUGUUAAUGAAGCUAUGAAGCAUGGCAUCGAUAGUGAAAAGUUAGCGCUCGACGCGUUCAUCAAUCAAACGGGAUAUAAAUACGAAAAGUGCGGACUAGUUAUUCAUGAAAAUUAUUCAUUUUUAGCAGGUUCCCCAGACGGACUUUUGAAUGGGGACGGUAUUAUUGAAAUUAAAUGUCCUUACAAAGUGCGCGAAUGUGAUCGAAAUGAAACAUUAAGGAAUCUAGAUGAUAUCGAUAAUAACGGGAAAUUAAAAGUCACUUCGAAAUAUUAUUAUCAAAUACAGGGUUUGCUAGAGGUAACUAAUAGAUCGUGGUGCGAAUUUGUAGUGUAUACUUUCAAAGGAAUUCAGUUUACAGAAAAGAUUUUUAAACGGCCAGACUUUUUCAGGAAUAUCAUGUUAAAUAAGUUGAAAGAAUUCUUUUUUUACUAUCAUCUUCCUACUUUUCUCAAUUUCGGGGAUAUCGACGAGAUCUCGCGUAAAUGGAGGCCAGUAAAAGAUAUGGAAUUUUUAUCGAAUGGGCUAGUGAACGAUAUAAAUUAUUAUAAAAAGAGUAACAGAGAUUACGUAGUCGCGACAUUUAAAGAAUUUGAUUGUUUUAAUCAGAUAAAUAUAUCUGAUUUCGCUUCCCUCGAUAAUGGGAAGUGGUUGACGAAUUUCGUUAUAGAUAUAACUUUAAAUUUGUUGAAUUCGGAUAAUAAAUAUCAGAUAAUACCUCAAGAAAUCGCUAAUGUAAUUUUCAGUCCUGAUGAACUUUCAGAAUCAUUUCUAAAUAGAAUAUCUUUACAUAAGAGUCAUCUCGCGAUACCGUUAUUAAUCAAUCAGAAUCAUCACUGUCUUAUUAUCAUCGAUUUUAUUGAAUUAACUUUCGCUUUUAUGGAUCCAUUCAAUAGUAACGCGGAAAAAACAGCAUCAUAUCUUGAACUAUUCAAAAAAUUCGCGGAAGCGUAUAAUCAGGUUAAAAAUGUUCCAAUUGCCAUAGAUUUAAAUGUAAUUGUCUAUAAGCAUGCCGUGCAGAAAGAUAGUUUCAAUUGUGGAAUGUUUUGUAUUAAAUUUUUUGAGUGUAUUUUGAACGGGAGUGAUAAGACGAGGGCAACAAAAAUGGAACAAUAUAGGAAUGAAAUCAAGUAUCUAAUUCUCAAUAGAUCUGAUGAUGUGUGGAAUCGGUGUUUGAUAUGUUCGCGCAUUGGUGAUCGGAACGAAUCAAAUAAUUGCGCCAAUUGCAAGAGAUUGGUUCAUAAUGAGUGCCUAUCUGUCGGUGCAGAAUCAUUCAUAAAUCAAAAUGUUUGUCGACUUUGUGCCCAAUAUUUUAUUUGAAAACGAAUUGCGAUUCACGAUUUUCAUGUGGUUUGCGAUAUAGAUACUGUUUUUGAUGCGGUCGAACCUUUACUUUCUUAGUACGGUAUGCGUCUGUCUAUAGCGGUAUAUUUCUGGAGGAAGGGUAAGGCUGUGUGGGGAGAGAGGAGGCCUUUUGCAGAGAUGAGGUGAUGAUCUUCAUCUCUGUCUUAAUGCGGUUUUCAUGCGGUUGCGGUAUGAGUAAACGGUUGCGGUGUGCGGUAUGCGGUACUUGGCUUCAUGAGACGGCAUAUUUCUGGAGGAAGGGUGCUUUGGGGAAUGCUAGAAGAAGUGAGAGUGGAGAUUUAACUCACACAAAGUCAGAUGAUGAGAAAAGGAGGAGAGGAAAGUGCCAGAGAAACCGCUAAAUAUAUAUUUCUUACUCAUCUGAUAGAGAGAAUGGCCCACCAAGACGUCGGUUGUGAUGUUAAUCAAAUAUUGGAUCAACAAAUUUUCAGGAAAUUCACCUCGACCGGAAGUAGGUUGUAACGGAAUGUUUCACGUUCCGUCAACUAAUUUUGCCCCAUUGCCUUACUACGCCCAUGGUUAUUCGUUUCGAAACAGCGCUACGUUCAGCCGAAUAUGUAACUACAGGUGAUUUCAUCUCGCUUCCACUAGUGCAAUGGAAGGGUUCAUCUCUCUUCUCGAAAAAUGGAUAUUGAAAAUUUUUGAAGACAUUGGAAAUCGAAUUCGGAAUUCCUGCGAAUCCUGCGACGCUCUCUUCCUGCUUGGCUUCAUCUGAAGAUUUGUGAGGUCAUCCUGAAAAGUUGAAAUUCAUUUGGAAAUUGUCACAAAAAUACUCGAAUUUGAGGUAUUCUAGGACACAUUCUGGACAACAUCUUGGUUAACUAUCUACAUUUAGAAUUUGGUUCACUCAAGGAAGGACAGAAGGAAUCAUUGGUGACCAGGCCAUUCCAGUAAUCUGAGUUCAGGUGAGUAUAAUGUGCAUUUAUCUAUCUAUAGAUGUCAAUUUGAGAGUGCAAAUAAUACACCUGUACUGUAUUUCGACUCGAUACUUAGGUAGUCUUCUAGUUCUCUAGCCAUGGAAAAUAAUAUUUUUUACCUUCUGGAUAUGAUAAAUUUUCAUAAGAAAUCCACUAUUUUCACUCAUUCUCUGAUAAAUUGAUGAUUUGUAUAACUCACUAUAGAGAAAUCAGAAUUUCUCGUUUACCUCUAUAUGAAAGAUUUUUUUGAAUUGAAGUUCAAUUAAGCUUUACUAUAUUAUCUCAAGGGAUAGAAUAUUUCUAUGAAGGAUUUGAUUAAGUCAAAUUUAAAUUAAACUUCACAAUUUGAUGUUUCAAGGAAUAGAAUUAUAGUAUAUUCUUACACCUUGUUAUAUACCUAGGAAAUAAAAUAUCCAGGUGGAUAAUUUUCUUUUUGUAAUACUGACUCCUUGUGAGAAGCAGUUUAACGUGAUUCCUUGAAUUUAUUUCCAAUUAUUGAUUGAAGUGUUAGAUGAAUUUGUACCUAAACUGAACCAGAUAGAUCAUAUUGUUUAUCUUUUACCCUGUGGUAACGCAUAUACUGCUGUAGAUAUUUUCUCCACAGGAACAACAAGAAAACCUACUCCAUUCAGGAAUGAAGCAAAGUUGGAGACUGAAAUUGUUUAUGAGCCGCUUCAGAAUCUAAAACCUCACUUCACAGAAGCCUAUAGUCACGAAGCUUGGCAAGCCGUAAUCCAAGAGCUCUGCAUCCUAACUAAGAAUAAGGAAAUGAAGUCAACCUGAAGGUGGGCCCAUGUUACCUGAGAACUCACUUCGAGGAGGUCAUAUCUAUAAGGCAGCUAGUUCGAAACCAGACAGAAGAAUAAUUCUGCAUACCAACAAGAGCAAAAAAAAUCUUUAUGAGACAUUGAUUUUGGUCAAUAAAUUCAUGAGUUCUGUUAUUUGACAUAGAAAUCAUUUCUCCUAAUUCUAGUAAAUUUUGUAAAGUUACUGUAAAUAAUAUCAUUUGUUGGGACCUUGGUCAUCCAAAUAUUUGUAAAUAUAAAAAUG